CUAGAAAAUGGCACGCACGAAGCAAACAGCCCGCAAAUCCACCGGCGGAAAGGCGCCGCGGAAGCAGCUGGCAACCAAAGCCGCCAGGAAAUCCGCUCCGGCCACCGGCGGAGUGAAGAAGCCCCACCGCUUCCGCCCUGGAACAGUCGCCCUGCGUGAGAUCCGCAAGUACCAGAAAUCCACCGAGCUUCUGAUCCGAAAGCUCCCCUUCCAGAGGCUCGUCCGCGAGAUAGCGCAGGACUUCAAAACGGAUCUGAGAUUUCAGAGCUCCGCCGUGGCGGCGCUCCAGGAGGCGGCGGAGGCCUACCUCGUAGGGCUGUUCGAGGACACCAACCUCUGCGCGAUUCACGCUAAGAGGGUCACGAUUAUGCCCAAGGAUAUCCAGCUUGCCAGGAGGAUUAGGGGUGAGAGGGCAUAACUGUAAUUUUCAUGUUGUGGUGGGAUUUUUAGGUAAAUAGGUGUUUUGUUUGUUUGUUUCUGGUGAAAAAGAAAAAAAGAUUGUACCUUUUUACACUUUUUGACCUGAUCUGUAGCAGAUCUGCAUUUUGAAAAUGAAAAUUGGCAAUUUCAUUGUUCACUUGUUGGUUAUCUUUUUUCCCCAAAGAUAAAAUCUUUGAGAUAUGUUUAUUUUCAAAUUAUUACAGAA